AUGCCAGAAGAUGUUAAUACAACUGAACAAUUCGACCCUGUUGGAGAAAAUUCAGAUGAAAAAGAGAAUAACUUGAACCAAGUUGAAUUUGUACUAUCACAAGUCUUGAUGCUUAAUGCUGCUUCCAGUAAAGUUGUGAAACAGUCCAUGGAAAAAG